AUGGGGCUUUCACUGCUCAAUCUCGAACAACUUUAUUUGAAUUGGAAUAGUCUAAGUGGAAACAUUCCGACCUCCAUCACCAAUGCUUCUAAACUUACCAAUUUGGCAAUGAACGCUAACUCCUUCAGUGGCUCCAUUCCAAUGUUUGGUAAUUUAAGACUCCUACAAUCCAUCCGUAUUUGGGGAAACAAUUUGACUGGAGCAGAAUUCCCAACCCAAGAAUUGGAAUUUCUCUCUUCUUUGACUAACUGCAGAUUUUUGAGGGAAUUUGACAUCUCAAACAACCCUUUGAAUGGUAUCCUCCCAUCUUCAAUUGGCAAUUUCUCCUCUUCUUUUCAGGCUUUUGCAGCGUACAGAAGUAGCAUAAAUGGCGUCAUUCCUCAAGAGAUAGGAAAUUUGAGCGGUUUGCUGCAAAUAACUUUAUCUAGAAACAAACUGAUUGGAUCCUUACCAGCAACACUUGGACAGCUGAAGAAGCUUCAGAGAUUAUAUGCUCAUACCAAUCAAUUGGAAGGGUUUAUCCCUCAUGAUCUUUGUCGAAUGAGUAGUUUGGGGGAGUUGAAUCUCAGUAGCAACGUGCUUGUUGGUCCGAUACCAGAAUGUUUAGGUGAACUUCAAUAUCUGAAGAUUGUAUAUUUAUCUUCCAACAAUUUGAGCUCGACUGUGCCUUCCAGCUUCUGGAAUCUUCGAGACAUUGUACGGCUGGACUUAUCUUCCAACAAUUUCAGCGGCCAGCUUCCAUCUCAGGUUGGAAAUUUGGAGGCUGCACCAUACUUGAUCUGUCAUCUAAUUACUUUUCUGGUGAGAUUCCAAGCUUGA